AUGUCCGAAACCCCGACUUCGGCGAGCGAGACCGCGACGCCGAAGAGGUACCCGCUGGCGGUCCUGUUCAUGCUCGGCAAUGAGUUCUGCGAGCGGUUCUCCUUCUACGGCAUGCGGGGCAUCCUGACCAUGUACCUGACUGGUGAACAUCAUUUCUCAGAAAGGUAAGUGGAGGAAAUUUGCUAGAACUUGCAGUACUGCUAGAGAACCGUAUGAGUGUUCAGCAAAAAAAAAUUUCGGUAAAAAACUGUCAUCAUGACGGAUUUUAUGGAACUUUUCGAUUUUUUGACAUUUUGGCCAAUUUUCAAAGAAAAAAUGAAAACUUUUAGAAAAUUUGUUAUUUACUGGCCUUUUUGCCUCCGAUUCUUUAUAUUUCACUUGAUAAUCGACGUUUCUAGCACCGCCGCCACGAUCUUCCACGCAUUUAUAGUGUUGGCAUACAUCACUCCACUGCUCGGAUCUGUCGCGGCCGAUACGCGCUUCGGGGCCUUCAAAGUCAUUCUAUAUGUGAGUAUAAACCAUCUACGACUGUUUUAGCCCAUUUUGGACACUUGUUGCAGAAUGCCAAAAAUUCAGGGUUUCGCGGCGUGACCAAAUCUGUGACUGAAUUUUGACGGCACUAGUCUCGAAACGAAGUAGCAGAUGUAAAAAGCAGCUUGGAAUUUUAUUUGUUGUUGCUAGAAAGAAAAUUGUUGUCAUUUCAGGUCUCACUAACCUACGUCAUGGGGCAUGCCCUCCUCUCCGUUGGUGCCCUACCGUCGUUGUCAACGGGGCUUCGCCUCUUCUUUGACUUUUCCGGACUGUUUGUGAUUGCCGCGAGCACGGGAGGCAUCAAACCGUGUGUUGCGCCGUUUGCAGCGAAUCAGGUGAGCUUUAAGUAGAUUUUGCUCGGUAUAAUGUAAUUUUUUACUAGAAAUGGUGGUGGAGAAUGAUUUUAAGGGCAUUUGUUAAGGUUGAUGGUCCUUUUUAGGCCCUCCUCACCGUUUGAAACUUUGGAAAAAUCGAUUUUUGAAAAUUCAGAUUUUCGUGGUGGGACCCAAAAAUUGGCUAAAAAAAUCGAUUUUUGGAAAUUUUUAUUUCUUUGAAGGUUUGAAUAGCCUCUGGACAUAGCCGAAAUUACAUUUGCAGCAUCAUAGACUUGUAUGAACUUCUAUUCCAGCACAUUUUGCACUUGGCUAUCAAGUGUAAUAUAAUGCGCUCUAACUCAGCCAAUUUUCAGUUCGAUGAGUCGCAAGCCGCGCAACGCUCUCGGUUCUUCUCCUACUUCUACAUGGCCAUCAAUUUCGGCGCCCUGAUCGCGCUGAUUGUGACGCCGAUUAUCCGCCGCACCUCCUGCAUGGGACACGACCACUGCUACCCGCUGGCGUUCGGCAUCCCCGGCAUCCUCAUGCUGGUCGCUUUCCUCUUCUUUGUCGGCGGCUGGCGCUUCUACAAGAUCCAGCCGGCAUCCAAGAACAAUUUGCUGUGCAGGGCCGCGAAUUGUGUGCGGCUGGGAGUGCAGGGAAAGGUGAAGGCAUUGAUGGGGAAGGAGGAGAAGAAAGAGCACUGGCUGGACUACGGCAUCGAGCGGUAUGGAAAGAGGACGGUGACGGAUGUGAAGGCUCUCACCUCGGUCUGUUUCUUGCUGGUGCCGAUGGUUGUUUUUUGGGCGUUGUUUGAUCAACAGGUAAGGGAUUCAGACGCCUAGUGUAAUAUAAAAAAGUGAGUUAUUUUAGGAAUAGAUGCGAUUUAGUGGAUUAUAAGGAAUUUUUUAUGGCCUAAAGUCGAUAAAAAUCGAUUUUUGUGGGUCUAAAAUACGAAUAUAGCUUCUUAAAUUUUAAGGAGAAGACUUGACCCAAAAAGAGGAAAACUUGGCUGGAAAUGCCAAAAUUGAGUUUAGUAAAAUACAACAGAUCCUUACAACAUUUUUUUUGCAUAUUUCAAAAAUUUUGAACUCCUAAAAAAGACUUUUCUCCGAGAGCAAGACUUGUCUCAAAAAGAGGAAAACUUGACUGAAAAUGUCAAAGUUGAAUUUAAUAAAAAUACAGAUCCUUACAACGUUUUUUUGCAUAUUUCACAAAUUUUGAACUCCUAAAAAAGACUGGUCUUCGAGAGAAAGACUUGACCCCAAUCCAAAUUUUGAAUGAACAGAGAAAAACUUGACCCAGAACUUGAAUCUUGGCUAUGAAAAUUUUUUAGGGAAGCACCUGGGUGCUGCAGGCUAAGUCGAUGAACGGACGAAUGGGCUCCUUCACGUUCGCGGCGGACCAGAUGAACUUUCUGAACUGCUUCUUUGUGCUCACACUGGCCCCGGUGCUGACAUUGGUGGUCUACCCGUUGGUGGGCAAGUGCGUCAAGACGACUGCGUUGAGGAGAAUGUCAGUCGGCGGUCUGAUCGCGGCCUCGUCUUUCAUUGUCGCGGGAUUUGUUGAGGUGGGUCAAGUGUAAUAUAAGUUUUGGGAGGAAAGAAAAAAAUUAUGAUUUCAAUGUGUCAUUUAGUCUAAAGACCACAAAGAUUAAAGCAAACGAUAUUUUAGAGCGAUAUUUCUUUCGAAUCACUGAAAUUUUUGACAGGAAAGUACUUCUAUGGGGUAUGGAGGUACAGGUUGGGACAUAUAUCAAAAAAAAUUGCAAUUUUUUUGAUUUGGAAUACGUAAAAUUUAGCUGCCCAAUUUUGGUUUGUAAGGGUGAAAAAAACCCUCAGAACCUUUCUCGCAACACCACGCAAAUGCCUCCUUGACCAAGUUUUUGCCAAUUCAAAGCUUUUUUUGAGCUUGAACCCUGGCAUCUUUUUUGACAAGCCUUAAAUAUCGAAUUUGAUUAAUAACUACACCUUAAUUAGUAGUUGCAAUGUAAAAAAAGAGGCAUUUGCGUGGUGUUGCGAGAAAACUUCUGAUGAUUUUUUCACCCUUUCAAAGCAAAAUUGGACAGCUAGUUUUUACCGAAGGGAGACUGAAUAUGAACUGACUGAAUAUGAAGGACCGAAUAUGAAGGACUGAAUAUGAACUGGGGUGCUGACUGAAUAUGAAGGACCGAAUAUGAACUGACUGAACAUGAAAACCGGGUUUCUGUUACUGUUACUACAUAGGUUCCGAUUAAGGAUUCUUUUUGAAAUUUUUUCGACUUAUAACACCUUUAGUCGUUAAUGGUGUUGUUUUGGUGUCCAGUACUGCUUAAAAAACAUUUUUAAUACUUGGUGCAAAAUAGUACUACCUGGUACUAUUUAGUACGAGGAGAAAAUUUGGCCGGUAAUGGUGUUGGUUUGGUGCUUAGUACAGCCCAAAAACACAUUUUUAGCAUUUGGUACUCUAUAGUACCAAUUGGUACUAUUUAGUACGAGGUAAAAAUUUGGGCGUAAUGCGGUAAUGGUGUUGGUUUGGUGCUUAGUACAGCCCAAAAACACAUUUAUAGCACUUGGUACUAUAUAGUCCUUGAAAUAGACCAAACUUGCCAAAUUUCAUAUUUAGUCAGCAACACAGUUCAUAUUCAGUCAGUUCAUAUUCGGUCAGUUCAUAUUCAGUCCUUUUCAUAUUCAGUCCUUCAUAUUUAGUCCUUCAUAUUCAGUCAGUUCAUAUUCAGUCAGGCACCCAGUUUUUACAUAUUCUGAAUCAGAAAAAAACUUGCGAUUUUUUUGAUAUAUGUCUCGACCUGUAACUCCUUACCCCACUGAAGUACUUUCCUUGUUAAAAAAUAUUGAACUGGAUAUCUAAAGUAAUACAAUUUCCUCCGAUUUUAGCUGGCAAUCCUCAGCACACAGGUCGCCCCGAUUGAAUCCGGCAACUCGUUGGUGUUUUCGUUGCGCGUCAACUACUCGCUGAUCCCGGAAACCGGCGAAACGAUCGUUCUGUCCGAGGGUCCACAGCUCAUCCCCUCGGGCGUCUAUGGCCUCCAUGACCGACUGAUCUUCAACUCCACAAAAGCCUAUGUGUUGGUCCCGAACAGCGACGGUACAGGUGAGAUUUGCGUCUUUGACGGGGGGAAUUUUGGCUCAAAUUUCAGUGUCCCCGUUCGAGUUCCCCUAUGAGAAUGGGGAGGGUGAUAAUACGCGCCUCUUCCUCGCGGUCGACAAGUCUUCCGGGGCGAAAGGAGCGCCGAUUUAUGUGAAGAAUGCGAACGGAGAUGUGGUGCACAACGCCAAGGCCGAGAACGGAGUUCCAGUGGAUAUUCCGCCGCCUUUGUACGGCAGUGAUGAGUAUACGAUCGCGUUUGGUCCGCCGCUAGCGUGCAAGGACGCAUGGGCGCACGGCUGCACGAAUGUGUGAGUGGUUUGGGACGGGUUUACUGCCCUUUCGGGGUCAAGGCAAAUACUGGGUUUUCCGGGUCCCGGAGCGUAAAUAAUUAAAUUUUUUUUUAAUUGUAUGACCCCUAAGUAAUUUUGCAAAAUUUUUGAAAAAAAUGAUAAAACAAAUUCGUUUUAAAAGUUCGUGUCUCUUGUGAUCGUGAUUUUCGGAUUCAAUGUGCCGAACUACCUCAGAAUCGACAUUUUUCAACCAUCUCUGUUUUUUUUUUAAAUUUUACAAGAUUACGUCUUUUUGCACCGAUGGCUUGCCUAGUGUAAUACAAAAUUUCGCGGAAAAAUUUUUAUUUUUUUUUUUUGAAAAUUUACUGUCUACAAUAAAAAUAGGCAUGAAACUUUUCACACAAUUUUUUUUGAUUCUCCGACCUACUGCAAUGUGAAUUAUUAUUUUUCAGACAGUUCGUCGCCUCUGUUGGAGCCUCUAACGUCCUGUACAUCGGGAAACACGCGGCGGUCGACCACAAAUUGGAGACGUUGGUGCCGGGGAACUCGGUCAGCCUGGCAUGGCAAAUCCCGCAAUACUUUUUGAUUACGGUCGGAGAGCUGCUGAUCAGCAUCACUGGCCUGGAAUUCGCGUAUUCUCAAGCUCCGGAAAGCAUGAAGAACGUUCUGCAGGUGAGUGGAAAAUUUUUCCACGAAAGGAAUUUUGAAUUUUUCCGCGGAAAAAAGUCUACGCACUUUAUGAAAAUAGCAGUAAUAAAGUCCGCAAGUGAAAAAAAAUCAAAUUUCAGGCCAUCUGGCACACCACAGUAGCGUUGGGCAACAUGUUGGACAUGCUGAUCUCCGCAACGAACGUCAUCGAAAACCCCGCCUACGCAUUCUUCUUCUACGGCACACUGAUGGCGGCGGUGAUCCUGAUCUUCAUCCUCAGCGCCACCCGAUACACCUACUACGAGGAUCGGAAGCGGCAGAGCGGAAGCGAAGACACCGACGAAAAGGAAGCGACGGCCAGGCCCUCAAACGCAACAUCCAAAACUUCCAACUAA